UGGUGAAUUGUCGGAUUUGGAUUUUUAGCCGUUUUAAGUCACAACUUUUUUUUCUGUGAAUCGGGGAAAAAAAUAUCCGACAGUUAGAAAAUGGCCCCCUAAGCCUAUGAUCAGCUUAAGUGUUGACUGAUCAGUUCUGUGAAAGUUCUACUUAUCACCAGUCAGAUCUACAUAUUCAGCAAUGAUCCAAAUAAAAUGCAAAAUAGCAAACAAAGAAAUAACUAUUUCAGCCUCCAAUAAAUGGCAAACUUUUAGGGAAAGGAAUGAAAAUACAAAUAAUUUCCUGGUAUGAUGUAAGAUGUUUCUCCAUACACAGUAAAGAAUGAGUGGGACUGUUUCAACACCAGGGUCUAACAAGGAAAAAGCCUGCAGGGAAAAUACCUGUUGCAGCCAGUGUAAGCAUGACAUGGCAGAUGAUUGUCUAUUUCCGUACCUGAUGGGCGUGUGGUAUGGCAGCAACAGAGCAGCUAUCACUGGAUUAUGCAGAAAACUUUCCAGAAAACUGUGGCUAAAUAUUACCUUAUUUAUUAUCAGGAGAGAUAAUCUAUUCACUUGUAAUUACUUAAAUAAAAAGUGGAGCAAAUCUGCAUUUAGAUUGCCCCUAGCCAGCAGUGCGGAGAGAGUGCAGUCUAUACGUCCAGCCUAUUGCGGAAAAGUUGGCAAUAAAACAUCCAGGUCAAUUAUGGAUGCACCUACUGAAAUCUGGCACACUCAGAUAGAUACAGCAGAAGAUCCUGAUUCCAGGCUAGAGUGCUCCAUCUGCUUCACCAAAUAUGACAACAUCUUUAAAACGCCCAAGUUACUGCAGUGCUCACAUACUUUGUGCCUAGAGUGUGUGGCAAGGCUGGUAGCUGCCCUCCCACCUGAAAAACAAGCAGAGGAUGUCUUGUGCCCAUUUUGUCGACAGCCUACACACAUCCCAGAUGAUGGUGCCCCAGCCUUACAAACGAGCCAAGAACUGCUGUCCACCUUGCCAGCCCACCUUCAGCAUGAAGAACCAGUCUGGAUUGAAGGGAACAAGCUCUGUUACAAAAAGCCACCUGAGACAAACCCAGACCAGCAUGAUCUGUGCAUUUGUGUGGACAUUGGACUAAGCAAAAAGGACAGCCCCACUGAACCAAGGCAACGCCGAGGUUGUUUCAGGGGCUGCAGUGACUGGAAGAGGCUUCUACUCAUAGCAUUUAUUGUGGCUGUCUUGUUUUGUAUCCUCCUUUGGCCAGUUGAGUGUAUACUAAAGACUGGCAGCCUACGAUGCACGUCAGAACCUGUUCCUACUAGGAUACCUGUUGUUCCAGCAGUGGUGACCCAUGGAGUAUGAAACUGUACUUAUACCAGUGGCGCCUAGGCUGAUGUGGCACUUUCAAGUUUACAUCCUUGCAUCCUGUUGCUAUGAGUAUUUUCCAAAAGGGAGAGGAAAUACAUUUCCUAGACUUUAGCUCAGAUGUGGGCAGGCACAGGUGGGUACAGAAAGGAGUUUUGCCCAAUUAAAGCAGCCAAUAGAUGAACGGAAAGACUUAGUACAGAAUCUUGUGACUAUGGCCACAGAACAGGGAAUGUUUUACCAACAGUGUUAACUGUGGAACCUCUUUAAGCUGGAGACUUUUCAGUUUCAUUCUGGCUUUUUACAUCUAUCAAACUAUGGGGUAUUGCACCUAGCAUAUCAUUCUAUAUCCACGUUAUGCAGCAUGCUGGAGAAGAAGGAAGCUCACACACAAGUGGACAACUUCCUCAUACUUAUCUUAUUUAUGAGGCAGAACAAUACAUUUCUUUAUACACAGAACUGUUUAUUAUGCUAGCCACCAUCAUUUUGUAGAGUUACAUGGGAAUUAAUUGUAACUAAAAACUUUAACUGAAACAUUGCAUGUAUUAUUCUUUGCCCAGCAAUUUUAUUCCAGCACCGGUACUCAGGCAACCAAUGGGUCUCCCACUGCUGAACUGCAGCUUCUUGCAUUCUGAACAUUGAUGGAGGAACUACAGGCUGCAUUUUGCAGGCAUUCAUUGGAGAAUUCUGUUAUAGUAGAUAUAUUGUAAAAAGGAGGGUGCAUAAAGAAAAAAAACUCUCAUUCUGUACAAGGAACCAGAGAAACUUCAGUGGAUCUUCCUGGCACCUAAGGAGUUAACUGGUACACAAAUAUAUUUAUUUAACAUGACUCUAUUUGUACAUAUUUGAAAUGCAAUAUCAGUUGAAGUCAUGCACCUCCAGUAAUGAUAAAGUGCCAAUGUGUCUCUCACUAUUGAACUAUAGCCAACAUCCUGCUGCCAAUAAUCAGCUGCUGUAUUUUGAGUCUGAAAACAUGUUUUAUAUAUAAAUAGCUAAAUAACAGUAUUAACCAUAUUCCAAAUAUGAUAAAAGCACAUAGUCUUACACAUAGCCACAUUGUUUCUUUACAAAACAGCCUUUAAAGGACUAGUAACACCAAAGACUCAAAGGAGUUUCUAUGCAUUUAAAUUUGAAAUACUAUUACCUACAAACUGUGAGCUUGUUAUAUGAGACUGAGUUAUAGUAUAUACAUAUAUAUACACAUAUAUCUUAGCUGCUGUGAAGCUGUGGGCAGCAGUUUAAACUAAACAGGGCUAUAGGGCACACAUUUACAUAGCAGAUAAUAGAGAAGUUAUGUCACUAAUGGCUCUCUACAGAACUGCAAAUCUUUUUAAAUAGAAUAGGACCAUUGGAUUUUUUAUCCAAUUCGGAUACAUAGCACUAAUGUGUCAAAACGGCUAAAAAUCCAAAUCAGACAAUUCACCAGCUAAAACUCGCCAAGAUCAUGUAGAAGUCACUGGCAGAUGUCCCUUCCCUGGAGGAUCCUUCUUUUGCUUCAAAACGUUCGGAUUUUUGAUGAUAUUUUUUCACGCGGCAAUGCCGUGGAGACCAGUUUAUUCAUAUUUUAGAAUAAAAAAAAUGAGAAAUGUCAAAUGUUUUAGUACAGCUGCCCUUAACUGUAAAAAAAAAAUCUGUAUAUGCUCUUUUAAAGAGCCUUAAAUUUGGAGGGGAGGUGUAUUUUUGUAAACAUCCGAGUUAUUUUAACUGCAAAUAAAAUGUUGAAUGCUUUUUCUAAA